AUGACAGAUAGCUCUUCAAGCAGCUGUACAACUCAAAUGCUGCAGAUCAGCAAUCACACACAGACAGAUUCCUUCUCUCCAUUCUUUCUAUCACCUAAUGGUGCAUCACCAGUGCCAUCGUGUAGCAAUCCAACAAAUGUACCAAGGUUUGGAACAAUCAUUCCCAAUCGCAUCUUUGUAGGAGGAAUUGAUUUUAAGACCAGUGAAAAUGAUUUGAGAAAAUUUUUUGCACAGUAUGGAACUGUGAAAGAAGUGAAGAUAGUCAAUGACAGAGCUGGAGUAUCAAAAGGAUAUGGGUUUGUUACAUUUGAAACUCAAGAAGAUGCACAGAAAAUUUUGCAAGAGGCUGAAAAAUUGAAGUACAGAGAUAAAACACUGAACAUUGGACCAGCAGUAAGGAAACAGCAAGUAGGGAUUCCUCGUUGUAGUGUUAUGCCUGCAGCUGGAACAAUGUAUUUGACCACUUCCACUGGCUAUCCGUAUACGUUCCACAAUGGAGUAGCAUAUUUCCAUGCUCCUGAGAUUACAUCUAUCCCUCAGCCAUGGUCUCCACACACUGUGUCCAGCUCUUCUGUGAUGGUAACACAUCAAGCUCAGCCAGUCUAUCAGCAUCCAGCUUACCAUUUUCAGGCACCUUCUCAGUGUCUUUCAGGGCAAUGGCAGUGGGGUAUACCUCAGUCAUCAGCUUCUUCAACACAGCUUCUGUAUCUACAGCCUUCUGAGGUGAUAUAUCAACCAUCUGAUAUAGCACAGGAUAAUGGAUGCAUGCUCUCUCCUUUCCCUGUAAUGGAGAGCUCAUUACCUGAGAUGUAUUCUGAUCAUGGUCUUCAAGCAGCUUAUCACCAGAUUUAUACCCAGAAUGCAGUAGUGAUGCCAACACCACUGAUGCAACCUGAGCCUUUUAAGGAGCCCAGAUUACAUUCGGUAAGAAGAAAUUUUUCUCAACCAUCGCCGAUUCGAUUCAAACCAAGAUAUAUUCGCAGCCCUCACUAUCAUGCGAGGAAAGAGAGUAGAGCAGAAGAUUCCAUCCUCACUCCACUUCCUAGUGACUGUCUUAAGUAGAAGAAUAUAUAUAGCAGUGAUAACAGUAUUUAUUAUACCUUCAUUGUUAUGUCAGAUUGUUAUAAUGUCUUAAAAAACAUAAGUAACUGAGUUAUGUUGUGCAUUAAAACAAAGGUUAUAAAAGAGAAGGAGCUCUAGCCGUUCAGUAUUUGAAAACUCCCUACAACAGCAGGUAGGACUGUGAGGUUGGUGUUUGCUGAGGAAAGUUUAUUGGCAAACAAGCCCAUGUGUACUUUUAUAACUAAAUAGGGAGUAUAGUUCUCAUCCUUCAUGUAUUUGAAAAAACAAGUAUGUGGUUAUAUAAUCAUGGCUAUUUAUCAUUUCUUACACUUCAGUAGUAAUGCAGAUCCACGAAACAUUACCAAAAGAAAAUGUUUUAUAUACAAAACUUAAGACUUUAAUUAUCAUACCUGAAAAUGUGUCCAGUAGGCACAGUCUACUAACACAGCCUUUACUCUUUCUGCAUGGCUGAAUAAAUGCAAGUUUAUUUACAUAUGAACUGUGCAAACUUUUAUGUUUUUGCAUCAAAGACUUUUUCUCUGCAUUGUAUGAAUUUGCAGUGCCCCAUUUGAUUGAGCUAUAUAUUAUAGAAGAGUGAUAAACAGCAGAGGGAAAAGUAUUUCUGUCUUCAUCUGUGGGGAGUUACAUGCUUCUCCAGUCUUAGCUAGUAAACAUCUGAAUUACACACAUUUUCAUUGUAUACAUUUGUGAGGUUGCAUUUUAAUACACAUUGAUCGUUGGUGCUGUUAGGAUUGAUAACGACAGUAAUCAGUACUUGAUAUUGUUAGCAGUAGUAUUUACACAGUGAUGGUGUCAGACAUAAGAUUUGGACCACAUAUUUUGUCUCAGGGCAUGCUUAAAUGCAUUUAGCUUUAUAUAUUUUGCCUUAAAAUACUCCUUUUUAUAAUCAAAGCUGUUUUUGUAAAGUGAACCUAACUGAAAAUAUUGUCCAUGUAAAAUAGAUUAUAUUUUCUAUGCAGCUGCUUAUAAACAGGAGUGAAGAGUAAUGUCACAGUUACUGUAUAGUGCCUAUAGGAAAGUUUUCACUUGACACUUCUCAUAGUAAUUAUUAUUUUUAUUACUAUUUUUCCUUUAUAGUUUUACUUGAAGCAAUGUAGCUUACAGCAGUAUGUUGAAAUAAGUGUCUAACUUGUCCUGAAUAGGGCUAAUAAAACCUACUUGGAAUAGCCCACCUUAGAUUGUUUUUGUAUAAGUGUUGGCCUGUAGGUUUUCCUUUAACUCAGAGAAUGUUAGUAAACUGUAAGAAAAACCAAGAAAAUGUAUUUUAUUUCUUCUUGCAGUGAACUUUUAUUUCCUUAAAUGAGGAAAGUAACAGUCAAAGCAGGUUUGGCUUCAUGCAUAGAUACACUUGUUUGUUCAUAUAGGAUUACAUUUGUAGUAGUUUUUAUUUUUUUGAUGUAAUGGUAUAGUGAAGUAGAAUUUGUAAUAUAGGUCCCAGUUUAGAAAAUAAAAUACAGUGUUAAUAGUUAUUGAAUGUUUUAUCAUUUGUGAUUAGGCUUUAUAUUCCUUACUAGAUUAUAUGGAGAGAAAAAUGGCAGAUGAAACAUGUUUUGCAUAACAAGCUUUAAGAUACAUUAACAUAAGUUUGUAUCAUUCAUCUAAUGUCUGUACUCAAAGAACAUCUGCAUAUUAAAAUGACUUUCUGUAUCACA